GGCCACCGGCCUGGCCCGCCCUCUGGCCCCGGGGCCCCCACGAUGAGCCGCUCCCUGGAGAACCUGCGGGCUUUCCUGGCCCAGGUGGACGCCCGGGGUGGGCAGGAGGAGGCAGUCAUCGCCGGGGAGUUCAAUGACAUCCGGACCCGCUCAGCCGCGUGGCGAGGGGACAGUAACUUCUCCAUGGAGACGGGCGCUAGCAAAGACAACCUGAAAAAAAACCGAUACAAAGACAUCCUGCCUUAUGACCAGACCCGGGUGCCCCUGACCCUGUUGGAGGAGGAUGGGCAGACAGACUACAUCAACGCCAACUUCAUCCAGGGAGUGGACGGCCGGAAGGGCUACAUAGCCACUCAAGGACCACUGGCUCACACCUUGCUGGACUUCUGGAAGAUGAUCUGGCAGUACCACGUGAAGGUGAUCAUCAUGGCCUGCCGGGAGUUUGAGAAUGGCAAGAAAAAAUGUGAGCGGUACUGGCCCCUGGAGCAGGAACCGCUCCAGAUCGGACCGUUCUCUGUCGUCCAGGCAAGGGAAAAGCAGCUGAACCCGGAUGUGUUGCUGCGGUCUCUGACCGUCACCUUCCAGAGGGACACGCGAGCGCUGAGCCAGUUUCACUAUGUGGCAUGGCCAGACCGGGGCAUUCCUGACAACACGGGCCACUUUCUGUCCAUGGUGGAGGAGGCGCGGAGAACCAAGGGGGAUGAUCCUGCCCCUCUCUGUGUCCACUGCAGUGCUGGCUGUGGCCGGACGGGUGUGAUAUGCACCGUCGAUUAUGUUCGCCAUCUCCUCCUCAAGCAGAGGAUCCCUCCCAAUUUCAGCAUCUUUGACAUUGUUUUGGAGAUGCGGCGGCAGCGGCCUUCAGCCGUGCAGACCCAGGAGCAGUAUAAAUUUGUGUACCACACCGUGGCGGAGAUGUUCCGGGUGGCCCUGGACACCACCGCCCUCAACAGUGAGAACCUCAAGGAGGGCCGGCUGCUGCCCCUCUAUGACGACGUGCUCUCCCUGCGGCCCCAUUGCCGCCGACACCCCUCGCCCCCCUGCCCGCCCCCGAACAUCUUAAGGAGCAUCUCUGUGCCAGGGGAGCCCGUGGGACCUUUGCCUCCCACAGAGCCGGCCCGGGGCAUGAACGACACCUACGCCGUGGUCCACAAGCGAGGGCCCCCUCCCCCCUCUUCCGACUCCAAGCCUCGGGAACCCCAGUAUGACAACGUGGCGGCGGGGGGCUCGGCCCCGGCAGAGGUCCCGUUGUACAGCACGGUCCGGCCCCGGACCCAGCGGGGCACCAGCCCGGACGAGGCCCCUCCGGAGCUCAGGGUCUCCCGCCCCACCAGCUCUCUCCCCGGCAGUCCCAGCCACCGACCCGCGCCCGCAACCGAGUACACCCAAGUGAACUUCCCCAGCCCAGCAGAUAGCCCCUCGCCGGUCCCCAGCAAUGGCAAUGGGAAAACUCUCCUGAGAAACCUGCUACCCCCGGUCUUUACUCCCUCAGCUGGAAAAAGAGGCGGGGGCAGUUUCUCCUCUCCAGGCACCUCCAAAAAUCCAGCAUCGGGGGCAUAUGAGGACAUAGGAGACAUCACAGCCAGGAGCAACAGCGCGACUGGGCUGCACCCCAGCAACUUAGGCUUCAACAUUCGCAUCGGGAAACCUAAAGGUCCCCGAGACCCUCCGGCUGAAUGGAGCCGCAUAUAGAGGAAGAGGCCCGGGGCGGGCCUCUUGUUAGGAUGCCCCUGCAUCAGGGCUCCCAGGCCGGACAGGCAGAAGAACAGAGCCGUCCUCUGCUCCCAGAGAGAGCCGCGCACUCAACUUUCCCCUCGGAACGGGACGCUUGGCCACAGCUGCGGGCGGGUUGUGGCCAGGAGACGUUUCAGUGAGAGACUGUCUUUAUUGUACUGACAAUGAAGGAAAAUAAAGUCUGUGGCCCAG